AACCGCAGCUAGAACUGGGGUUUGCAGAGGAGCCUCCCUCCCUGCAGCACUGUCCCCCCCAGCGAGGCCAGCCCCCCACCUCAGGGCACUGGGCCGCACAUCCCGGGGCCCGACUCUGAACCCCAGCACCGCCGCUCCCGCAGCAGACGGGGCCUGGGCGCUCAGAGGUGGCAGCUGGCCCUGGCCGAGGCCCCUGCAAUCGAGAAAGGAGAGCCACAAACGCAGGACAAAGCCACAGGGCUCACGGAAACGUCCUGCUGACGGGCAUGGGGCAACUCAAGUGAUGAGAACCUGGAGAGACCAGAUCCCUCUAAGGGACGUAUGUCAGGCACGCAGCUGCGGGCCAGGACCUGGCCCCGAGCUCAGAGGAGCAUCCAGUGCCCUGCAUCUUACAGAGGAUGUAGAGUCUCCCAGACCAUGGGUGAAGUACAGAAGGGGCUGCUCGCUGUCAUCCAAAAGCUCAAGGGCUCCGUGGAGCAGGAACUGCGGAUUGUCCUGCUGGGGCUGGACAAUGCCGGAAAAACCACACUCCUCAAGUGCUUGGCAUCAGAGGAGGUCAGCACCAUCACCCCCACGCAGGGAUUCAACAUAAAAAGUAUGCACUCGCAUGGCUUCAGGCUCACCGUCUGGGACAUCGGUGGGCAACGUGCCAUCCGCCCCUACUGGAAGAAGUACCUGGGCCACACAGACAUGCUGAUUUACGUCAUUGACAGCGCUGACAAGAAACGCUUUGAGGAGACCGGGCAGGAGCUGGCGGAGCUGAUUGAGGACGAGAGUCUCACUGGGGUCCCUUUGCUGGUGUUUGCCAACAAGCAGGAUCUGGCAAGUGCAGCACCAGCUGCAGAGAUUGCAGAGGGACUGAACCUACCUACGUACCGGGACCGCCAAUGGCAAAUCCAGGCCUGCUCAGCCCUGUCUGGGGAAGGAGUCCAGGAUGGGAUGAACUGGAUUUGCAGCCAGAUCACAAGCCGGAAGAAGUGACUGAAUCAAAGUGCAGUUCGCACAGCCACGCUCACCAGCUCCCAGAGAUUCCCAGUAGUAGGCCCUCCCUGUGCCCCUAGCGCCAGGCUGCUGAGCUCAAAGGGCCUUUCCCAGCCAAGCUCUCAUUGCUCAUCAGCUUCUCUGCAAUGCUUCAUCCUUCUGGGUUUCAUUUGGUCUCUGGUGUAUCUGCAGUUCCUGAAUUGUGGAGGGCACUGGCAAGCCUCUAGACCAGCGUUUUUCAAAGUUUGGGUUGCGACCCAGCACUGGAUUGCUCUGGCCAGCACUGCCAACUGUGACGUUAAAAGUCCCAUCGGUGGUGCUGCCCAGAAAGGCAGCCUAGUGGCUAUCUGUUCCGACACCGCACUGCACCCCAGAAGUAGCCAGCAGGUCUGGCUUCUAGGCAGGGGGCCACGAGGCUCUGCACGCUGCCCCCAUCCCGACUCUGUACUCCCAUUGGCCAGGAGCUGGGGCAGUGCCUGCAGCCGAGAGCCACGUGGAGCCGGACCUGCUGCUGGCCACUUCAUGCACAGCAUGGUCCACAGAGCUAAGACAGGUGGGAAGCCUGCCUCUGCAUACACCCCAUGCCCAAAUCCUCUGCCCCAGCCUUGAUCCCCCCCAAACCCAGAACCCCCCUUGGACCCCAAA